AAAUAGCUGUAAGUGUAAACAAACAAUGGAUGGAUGUUCAGUUAGAAAUUAAUUCGUUAAAAUAUAUCAUGAGACGGUUACCUCUUUGGAAAAUCGUAGUUUUACUGGGUUUUAGUUUUAUGAUAAUUUAUUUAUACUCUUGGAUUAGUAAUGAUGAUGUGAGCUUUGUAAAUAGACCUCGGGGUACAGCGAGCACUCAAUUAUUAACGUUAAGACCUCAAAGUACUAUACCUCAGAGGACUACCAUAAACAGGAUCGUUUUGUCGUUCGUUGUGUGUGACUCAAGAUUCAACGAAUCCCUGAAUGUUGUUAAAUCCGUGUUACUGUUUACUAAGACUCCCGUGCACUUCGUCAUAUUCACAGACGACAAUCUUAAAUUGAAAUUCAAUGACACUCUUAGCAACUGGAGAGUGCUAACUGACUACCAGCUUGAUUUUGAGUUGCACAGCAUUAACUUUCCUGAGGAACAUGUCGAUGAUUGGAUGAACUUAUUCAGCAAGUGUGCUGCGCAACGAUUAUUUAUACCGAAACUGAUCACCCACAUUGAUGCCAUGAUCUAUGUGGACACUGACACCCUGUUCCUGGGCCCCGCUGACGAGUUGUGGCUCAAGUUCUCCCUGUUCAAUAUCUCACAAAUAUCUGCCAUGGCCCUCGAAAAUGACAAUCCUAAUGUGUCUUGGUACCCUAGAUUUGCCAAGCAUCCAUUUUAUGGGAAGUAUGGGCUAAAUUCAGGUGUGAUGUUAAUGAACCUGACAAGAAUGAGGGACUUUGGUUGGGUUGACUAUGUCACCCCAAUCAUGCUUAAAUGGAAAUUGUACAUACCAUGGGGAGACCAGGAUAUAAUAAACGUAAUAUUCCACUACCACCCUCGCGCCGUGCUCGAGCUCUCCUGCCGCUACAACUACCGCACGGAUCAGUGCAUGUACGGCGACGCGUGCCCCGACGCGACCGCCGCCGGCGUGUUCCUCCUGCACGGCAGCAGGAAGGCCUUCCACGCGCACAAGCAGCCCGCUUUUGAGGCAGUAUACCGGGCCGUCGAGGAGUGGUCGGUCGGCUUGGACCCCUCCGACAUGCCGGCCGUCCUCGAGCGCUACUACACAGAGGCCCCGCCCUCGCUGUGCGGCAACCUCAAGGACGCCUUCCUGAAGGUCCCCACGGCCACAAUAGCCGAGCUACACAGGAAACCCGACAGGGACCCGAUUAAUAGGGUAGCGACUUCAUCUUACGAAGUUGAAGAGCGAAGGGACCAAGAGUGA